AUGGAUAUGGAAGAUGAGGAAGAAUUAAAGAGGAUGUGUGCUAAUACAGCUGUCUAUACCGUGGUCACUUUGGUAACAUGUAUUUUGAGAAUGCGUGCUAAGCGCAAGAGAAUAUCAAAUUGUACGAAGCAAGAAAAGAUCAGAAAAAUAUAUUGUAGAGAGGCUCACUUCAGACGUGUACUAGAGGGCUAUCAAGAUAGCUGCCAAUCUUAUAUUAGAAUUAGACCUAGGGCCUUUUUUAAACUUGUUGAAGUAAUGAAAGCAAACGGUUUAUUAAAAGAUACAAGAAACGUUCAAGUUGAAGAACAGCUUGCUAUGUUUCUAAGUAUUGUUGGGCACAAAACUAAAAAUAGAAUAAUAAGAACUGAGUUCAUAAGAUCAGGGGAAACAGUUAGCAGGUAUUUCAAUAAAGUCUUGCAAGCAAUGAAUGGAUUACGUGAUCGGUACAUGAAGCAAGCCUCAAAAGAAGUUCCCGAGGAGAUUGCAAACAACUCAAACUAUUUUCCUUACUUUAAGGACUGCAUUGGUUUGAUAGAUGGCACACACGUCGACGCGGUGUUACCUAGUGACCUAGUUGCACGGUUUAGAGGGCGAAAAGGGGUCACCCAAAACAUCUUAGCAGCCUGCACCCCCAAUAAACUAUUUACUUAUGUCUUGGCUGGCUGGGAGGGGGCAACAAAUAAUUAUAGGGUAUUACAAGAUGCCCUGUUCAGACCACAGCCUUACGGGCUCCGAGUUUAUGAUGGUAAAUAUUACCUAUGUGAUGCUGGAUACACCACAAUGCCAGGUUUCAUAUCCCCAUCAAAAAUUGAAUGCACAUUUGGGAUACUGAAGAAUCGGUUUAAAAUUCUUACGGCGAAGCCGAAUUAUCCAUUUCCCACUCAAGUGGACAUUGUACUAGCGUGUACUGUGUUGCACAACUUUAUUGCCUUGGAGGAUCCGGAUGAUGAUAUUUUAAAUGAAAAUGUUAAAAUUGAUGAAGAUACGGGGGAAGAGACAAAUGAAGACGAUUCAAAUGUGGUGGACUAUACUCAAUGUAGGUCACAAAGAGAGGAUCAAGAUGUUAGAAAUGAAUGGAAGGAGUUGCGAGAUCAAAUUGCUUGGGCGAUGUGGGUGGAUUAUUGUGCAAAGUACAAUGGUGGUAACACAAUGGUCAAAUUGCUUGGGCGAUGUGGGUGGAUUAUUGUGCAAAAUUUAGCAUUGGAUAGCAUGAAGCCAGACAAGAACUUCAAGGUUGAAGCAUAUAAAAUGGCUGCCAUGAAAAUCAACAUGCAAUUCAGGACUGAUUUCACUCACCUUCAUGUCAUUAACCACUUGAAAUGUUUGAGGAAUAAAUUCAAUGACAUGAAGGCUUGCCUUGAUAUAAGUGGUGCUGGGUGGGAUGAAACAAGUAAAAUGAUUACAUUGGAUGAGGAAACCUUGAAAUCUUGGGCCCAGGACAAAUCUAAUUCUAAGUACAAAGCGUACAUAAACAAACCCCUUCCUUACUUUAAAAUUUUACAAGUUAUCAUGGGUGAUGAUCAAGCCAAGGGUGAUUUUGUUAGGCCCGUGUACGCUAACAUUGGGUCUAGUAGGUCCAUACUUAUUCCCGAUGAUGAUUGUGAGAUUCUAGAGGAGACUGAAACUGAACCACAGUCUGAUGCUUGCAACCAACCACGUUCUGGUGCUGUUAACCAACCACAACCCACUAGAUAUAAGACUAAGAGUAAAGACAACAUGACUUCAUCAUCUAACAAAAAAAACCAAAAAAUCUAA